AUGCCCAAGAUCAAAACCACCAAAUCGGCAAAGAGAUAUGCCUAUUCCUCAUUCAAAGAGAGAAUCGAUUCUAUCAAAAUUGAACCAUCUAAAAAAUUAAAUAGAAGAGCUUUUGAUGAAACUGAAACUUCACAUUUCGUUGCUAGUUAUGAAAGAUGGUCAGAAAUUAAUAGAUCUGCUGUGUUCACCGGGUUUGUUGAAUCUGUGGAUUCAUUUGUUCAAAGUUUACCACAAAUCUUACAUUAUAAAUCUCAAAUAUUUGAUUCAUUACAUAGUCAUAUCAUUAAAAAAGAUCCAUUAUCUUUACAACCUUUAUUAGAAUUAUUAACACAAUUUGUUCAUGAUCUUGGUCCUGAUUUUAUGGAGUUUUAUACCAAGACUUUAGAAUUAAUCAUUGAAUUAGCUCUGGCAAAUAAUGAUUCAAAUACUUUAGAAUGGGAAUUUAAUUGUUUAGCAUAUAUUUUUAAAUAUUUAUCAAAAUAUCUAGUUCAAGAUCUUAUACCCACUUUUAAAUUAUUAGAACCUUUAUUAAAUGCCAAAGAACAUAUUUCAAGAUUCUCAUCAGAAGCUUUAGCUUUCCUUAUUAGAAAAUCUUCAAUUGAUGAAUUAAAUAAAGUUAUAAAAUUUGUCUUUAACAAUGCAUCAAAUACAACAACUUCAAAUACAACACAAUAUAAACAAGCUGCUGUUACAUUCUUCAGUGAAGCUAUGAAAUCAACAAAAGGUUCAAUCCAUUCAAAAUCUUCAUCAAUAAUAACAAAUUUAUUGAAAAAUUCUAAUAAUGUUGAAUCUAUUGUUAUUACUUGUGAUGUGCUUUUAACUGUUAUAAAUUAUGGUUCUCCUGAAGCUGUUAAUGAAUUAUAUGAUAUUACUUUAAAACAAAGUGAAAAUUUAUUAGAUGAAAUUCCUAACACACAUUUAGCUAAUCAUUUAAGAAUUUUAACAAUUUUAACAUUUGCAGAUUCUGGUUAUAAAGUACCAAAUUGGGAUAUUUUAGUUGAUUCUAUUAUAAAAUCAUUUAAAUUAAAUGAAUCAACUCCAUUAUCAACAAAAGAUCAAACAUUAUUUGUUAAUUUAAUUUCAAUUUUAAUUCGUAAUUCAGAUGUUAAAACUUUAACCAAGUAUCAUAAUACAAUUUUUAAAUCAAUGAUAAAAUUAAAUGAUUUAUUUUUACCUUUUAUUAUAAAGAUUUUAGAUUUAUCCAAGCAAAGAACUUUAACUUAUGCUUCAUCAUUUAUCCAGGAAUUUAUUAAUAAAAAUUGGUCUUCAAAAACUCAACAAAUUGCAUUAUUUUUAGAAAUUUUAAGUGAAAGAGAAUUAUUAGGUUCAAAAGAUGAUUCUGAAAAAAUUUCAAUUGUUUUAUCAUCAGAUGCAGGUGAAGCAUGUUUAAAUCAAUUAAAAAACUUGGAAAUAACCUCUGAUAAAGAAUUAAUUGAAAUUUUUUGGAGAAUUUCAAUAUUAUCAUAUUCAUCAUUCCAUAAUCAAAAAUUUUUAUUAAAAUUUUUCAAUGAUAUCAAUAAUCAAGUUCAAGAUUCUUAUUUAAAAAUUAUUAUACUUUCUAAAAUUUUAACCUUAUUAAAUACCGAAGAAGAAGUUUCACAAGUUCGUGAUUUAAUUUUAAAAAAUUUCUUAAAAUUAGGUUCAAAUAAAGAAUUUUUAAAAUGUUCAUAUAAAUUUAUAAAUUCUAUCAAGACUUUAGAUUUAUCAAAUGAUGAAUUAAUUGAAUUAAUCACAGUCUUGAUUAAUAACUUAAUAUCCCCAGAUCAUGAAGUUAGAAUAAAUUCAUUAAACUGGAUAAACAUCCUAUCCACAAAGCUAAAUGAUGAAAAUUUAACCCAAAUUGCUAAUCAAUGUUUAAUCAUUGAACAAAUUCCAUUAACUUUAGAAACUGCCCGUGAUAUAGCAAUAAGAAUGAGAUCAUUAUCCAAUGAUUUCAAAUUAAUGCAAACAAAUCAAUUAACAAAUCAAUUAUAUUUUAAAUUUUUAUUUGGGUUAUUAACUGUUAGAUUCCAACCUGCUUGGGAAGCAAUUUGGGAAGUUUUACCAAAUACUUAUAAUAAAGAUCCUUCCCUGGUUUGGGAAUUAACAUUUAGUUUUAUUAAUAGACAAAAUUUACCUCAUUUGGAAUUAUCAUUUGAUUUUGAACCAAUGGAUGAAGAUGAUUCCACUACAGAAUGGGAUUCAUUAGAAUCAAGAUUUUCUGCAAUUAUUGGUGGGAUUUCCUCAGUGGUUAAUCAAUUUAUUAAUUAUGAAUAUUCAAUUUUUAAUUUAAUUGAAACAAGAUUUUCACCUGUGGAUUAUCCUGAAGUUAUUACAUCUCAUGCUAUAAAAAUUUUAACAAAGAUUCCUUCAUUAGCUGAAAGAAAUGCUGAAGAAUUAGAAACUUUAGUCUUUAAUGGGUUUGAGAAUGAUGAUGAUGAAGAAAAUGAAGAAGGUUCAAUUAAUUUAAAUAAAAAAGAUAGAAAUUCAAUGUUAUCAUUAUUCAGUUUAUUUAAAAAAUUAAAAACCGCACCAAAAGCUGAUGAAUUAUAUAAAUUAUUCCUAAGGUUAUUAUCAAGUAAAAAUCCAGAUGCAAGAAAAAUUGCAUUAAAUAAUCUUUUAAAUUUUAAAAAUCAACAUGUUAUAAAAUAUAGAGAAAAUUUAUUAAAUUUAUUAGAUGAUUCAUUAUUUAGAGAUGAAAUUUCCAAAUUAUUAGCCACGGGGAGUGAAACCGCUUUAGAAUCUGAAGAUUUAGAUGAUGUUAUGCCAUUAAUUUCAAGAAUUUUAUUUGCAAGAGCUCAAAGUUCUAUAACAAAUGGUACUAAACGGGGUAUUAAAUUUGCUGCAAUAACUUCAUUGCCAAAUUUAGAUUCAAAAUUCAUUGCAGAAUUCCUAGGUUUUGCAUUUGAAAGAAUGAAUGGUGGUGGUUCAGUUUUAGAAAAUUUUGAUGAAUCAGUUGAUCAAAUCACGGUAACUUCAUUAAGAAAAUCAAAUGGGUUUUUCAAUUUAUUAAAUGAUAUCUUGAAUCAUUUAGGUGAAAAAUUUUCAAAUUUUGCAGGUAUUAUAUUACCACCAAUGAUUAAUUCAUUAGUUGUUGCUCAAAAAAUCAUUGAUAAAAAUCAAGAUGAAAUUUCUGAUGUUCAAUUAUUAAAUACUGCCCGUUCUGUUAGACAAGCUGGUAUGAAGGAUUUAUAUCAUUUAUUUCAAGUUUCAACUUCAUUUGAUUGGGAUUUACAUAUUGAAUCAAUUUAUGAAUCUGUUUUACAACCACGUUUUGAAAAUUUUGAAAUUGAAAAUUUACAACAACCUUCUUCAUUAUUAAAAAUUUUAAUUUGUUGGUCUGAAUAUUUAAAUUAUCAAGAUUUAUUAUUAAUUAAUGAUCAUGAACCAACAAGAAAAAUUUUAUCAUUGUUACAUAAUUCAAAUACUAAAGAUGAAGUUGUGGAAAAAAUUAUUGAAUUUUCAAUUAAUGUUAUAUCAGCAUUUAAUUCCAAAAAGAAGAAAUUUCAAAAAUUAUUUCAAAUUAUUACUGAUAAUACAUUAGAAUCUAUUCCAAUUAUAUUAAAUCGUUCAACAAGUCAAAUUUUACAAACAAAAUCUAUUAAUUUAUUAUUAGCAUUAGUUGAAAAAGGACAUGUUCAAAAUCAAGAAAAAAGACAAUCAUUAGUUGAUUUUUCCACAAAAAUUUUAACAAAACCAACUGGUGGAUUACCAAAAGAUAUGAAAGUGCAAAUCUUAAAAGUAUUGAUUGCAUUAGUGGAAAAUUUUGAAGGUGAAUUCUCAGAUAUUGAAAAUUUAUAUAUUGUUGGUUCAAAAUUUUUGAAAAAUUUUACUGAUAAAGAAUCACGUAAAUUAUUAGUUCAAUUAUUUGAAGUUAUUGGUGAGAAAUUCAAUCAAGUUCAAGAAAUAACUUCAUUAAUUGUGGAAUUAAAUUCCUUUUCUGCUAGACAAUUAAAUGAAUAUGAUUAUGAUAGAAGAUUAGCUGCUUUUAGAAAAAUUAAUGAUGAAUUAUAUUCCCAAUUAGGUCGUUUAGAAUGGUUACCUUUAUUAAAUACAUCAUUAUUCCAUGUUAAUGAUGAAGAUUUAUCAGUUAGAACUAAUGCUGGUUAUUUAUUAAGACGUUUUAUUGAUUCUAUUAUAAUAAGUAAUGAUGAUUCAAAUCUUGUUCAUAUUUAUAAAGAUUUAUUAUUACCAAGUUUAAGAAUGGGUUUAAGAUCAAAAAAUGAAUCUGUUCAUUUUGAAUAUGUUUCAUUAUUAUCACAUAUUGUAUCAACUGAACAUUUUACAGAAUUUAAUGAUAUGAAAUCAUUAUUAUUCCAUGGUGAUGAAGAAGCUAAUUUCUUUAUUAAUGUUGGUCAUAUUCAAAUUCAUAGACGUCAAAGAGCUAUCAAGAGAUUAGGUGAUCAAGCUUCAGAUAUUUCAAGUUCAAAUAUUUCUCAUUAUAUGUUACCAAUUGUGGAACGUUAUGCAUUUUAUGAAGAUGAAAAAUUUAGAAAUAUUUCAAAUGAAGCUAAUAUUACUAUUCAAUCAUUAAUGAGAUUUGUUACUUUUAAACAAUAUCAAGCUAUUUUUAGAAGAUAUAUGAGUGGAUUAAAAGAAGGUAGUGAAACUUUAAGAGAUUCUGUUAAUUUAAUUAUUGCAAUUACAAAAUCUUUAAUGCAUGUUGUUACAAAUAAAGAAGAAAAUUAUAUUCAAGGUUUACCAAAAGAUGAAAAUAUUUUAAAUAAAUUUAUUGAAAAUGAAAUGAUUACACCAUUAUCAAAAGUUUUAAACAAGAGAGAUGAUGAAACUGUUGUUUUAAGAACACCAUUAAUUGAAUCAUUAGCUUCUUUAAUCCAAUGUUUAACUCAUGAACGUAUUGUUUCUGUUUUACCAGGUGUUUUGACAAAUAUUUGUCAAGUUUUAAGAGCUAAAUCUGAUGAAACAAGAGAUGCAACAAGAAAAUAUUUAACAAGAGCUACUGAAAUUUUAGGUGCUAAAUAUAUUAAAUUUAUCAUAAGUGAAUUGAAAACUGCAUUAUCUCGUGGUUCACAAAUUCAUGUCUUGGGUUUCACAGUUCAUCAUAUUCUUUCUGCAAUGACAUUUGAACAUGGUGAUUUAGAUGAAUCUUCUGAAGCAAUUAUGGAAAUUGUUAUGGAAAAUAUUUUCGGUACAACAGGUAUGGAAAAAGAAGCUGAAAAUUAUAGAACAAAUAUGAAGGAAAUCAAAUUCAACAAGAGUUUUGAUACUGCAGAAAUGCUUACAAAAGGUUUAAGUUUAAAUAAAUUCCAAAGUGUUGUUAGACCAAUUCAAUUAUUAUUACAAGAAAGAAUUACUUAUAAAGUUCAAAAUAAAUUAGAUGAAUUAUUAAGAAGAAUUUCAUCAGGUAUUCAUAAAAAUGAUGAUAUGCAUACUAAGGAAAUGCUUAUUUUAUGUUAUGAAUUAUUUGCAGAAUCUAAAAAGGAUUUUUCAAGACCUGAAAGAAAAACUGGUAAAGAUCAAAGUCAUUUCUUGGUUCAAUUAGAAUCUAAACCAUUAAAAGUUGAAACUGAAAAUUCAAUUUAUAUUGAUACUUUCCAAAAAUUAUCACUUGAAUUAUUAAGAGUUACAUUAAAUAAAAAUUCUGAAUUUGUUGUUGCAGAAAAUUUAAUUGGAUUUUUACCAUUUUUAACUGAAGCUAUUAAUUCUGAAAAUGAAGGUGUUAUAAUUAGUGGAUUAAAAGUUUUCAAUUUAAUUAUAAAUGUUGAAUUUGAUACAGAAAUUGAUAUUUUUAAAAAUUCUGCAAGAAGAUGUUUAACAAUUAUUGAAAAUUAUCCAUCAACUGAAUCUGAAUUAUGUCAAGCAUGUUAUAAAUUUUUAUCAAAUGUUAUUCGUCAUAAAGAUGAUUUAAAAUUGAAAGACUCUUCAUUGAAAAAUUUAUUAAUUAAAGUUCAACCUGAUUUAACUGAACAAAAUAGACAAGGUCUUGCAUUUAAUUUCUUAAAAGCACUUGUUGCUAAACAUGUUAUGAUUCCAGAAAUUUAUGAUACAAUGGAUAAAAUUAGAGAAGUUAUGGUUACAAGUCAUCAUAAAGAAAGAAGAGAUAUGUCAAGAAGUAUUUAUUUCCAAUUUAUAAUGGAAUAUGAUCAAGGUAGAGGUAGAUUAGAAAAACAAUUCAAAUUUUUGGUUAAUAAUUUAAGUUAUCCAGCAGAAACUGGUAAACAAUCAGUUAUGGAAUUAAUUCAUUUGAUUCUACAUAAAUCAGGUAAAGAACUUGUUGAAGCUUUAUCUUCAUCAUUUUUUGUUGCUUUAGCUAAAAUUUUAAUUUCUGAAACUUCAACAAAAAGUCGUGAAAUGUCAAUUGCUUUAAUUACUUCAAUUUUUGAAAAAACUGGAGUGGAAAAUUAUGAAAAAUAUAUUUUAGGUUGGUUAAAUGCAGGUAAUUCAUCAUUAUUAAAAUGUUCAUUCCAAUUAUUCAAGAUCAAAUUAAAAGUUACAUCCACUUUUGGUAGUGAAUUAGAUGAAGCUGUUUUGAAUUCAAUUAAGAAUGUUUUAGAAAGUUCUAAAGCAGAAUCUGAAGGUUUAGUUACAUGGGAAUUAGUUUAUGGUGCAUUAACUUGUUUACCAUUAAUUUUUGAAAGUGAUUCAACUAAAUUAGAUGCUGAUUUGAAAAAGAAUAUCAUAGAUUGUUUACUAUUCCCACAUUCAUGGGUUAGAUUAGCAUCAACUAGAUUGAUUGGUUCAUUAAUUGUCAAAGAAGAUACAUUUAAAGAUGAUGAAUUACAAAAUAUUGCAUAUAGAUUAGUUCAUCAAUUACGUGCACCUUCAGUUGAUGAAAAAUUAGGUUCACAAAUUAUUAAAAAUCUUGCAACAAUGAUUCAAUAUUGGGAAACUAAUAAUACAUUAUAUGAAAAAUUGAAAAAUAAUGAAGAUGAAAGUGAUGAUGAAGAACAAGAAGCUGAAGUUGAAGGCGAGACUGUUCAAAAAAUGACAAGUUGGGUUAUUAGUAAAGUUAGUGGAGUUAUUAGAUCUGAAAGAAAUACAUUCAUUUCCAAAAAAUCAGGUAUUCAAUUAAUUGCAUUAAUUUCACAAAUUUUAAGUAAGGAAAGAUUAUUUGAAGAUUCAGAAAUUAUAAUGUUACCAUUAUUUAAUUUAACAGAAUUAGAAUCAGAUUCUGAUGAAAAACAAGAAUUAAAUAAUUUAUCAACAGAAUGUAUGAAAAUGAUUGAAAAUAAAAUUGGUGUUACAGAAUAUGUUCAAAUUUAUUCAAAAGUUCGUCAAAAUGUCUUGAAUAAACGUCAAGAAAGAAGAACAAAUAGAGCAAGAUUAGCAGUAACUGCACCUGAAGCAAUUGCAAGAAGAAAAAUUAGAAAACAUGAAAGAACAAGAGAAAAGAGAAGACAUGAAAAAGAUGAAAGUGGUUAUUAUCAUACCAAAAAGAAAUCACAAAGAAGAGGUUAA